CUUUUCUAGAUUGAGGACGGAAACUUUGGAAGGCUUUGGUUGUUUUCGGAGUGGAGAAAUAAAGUGUGACAUCUAGAUUUACUUUUUAAAAAUAAAGCAUGGAAAGUGUGUUCCUGAAACAGGGUGACGCCAAUUCUAUUCUGAAAAGAUAUCGAAGAAAAAAUUAUCUCCUUGAAGAGAUACAACAAGGCAAUAUUGAACGUGAAUGUCGGGAAGAAGUUUGUACUUAUGAAGAAGCAAGAGAAGCUUUUGAAAAUGAUGAAAAGACAAAUGACUUCUGGACAGAUUACAUAAAGGGACAAAGUGAGAAUCAAGGGAGUGGUGCCAAUGUCAACAUGGAAUCAGUUUAUCUUGUGGCUCCUCUGAUAGCUGGCCUCCUUGUAAUUAUUAUCAUUCUCUUUGUUAUCUGGCGAUGCCAGGUGAGAAAGGCAAAUCGCAGGCAAAAUACAUAUGCCCAGACUCAAUUCCAGGCAAACCAAGCCACCAGGAACUUGUCAGUGGUUGUAUUUGGUUAUAAUGAGCAUUCUGUCAGUCCGCUUGAUAGAUUACGUACCCUGCAGCCAGAAGGCAUGUCCAGUGGACACUCCAAUCAAAAUGGACCCCCUGUAAGAUUGUCUGGGUUAAAUUCAGAUCCCCCCCCAACCUAUGAUGAAGCUACUAACCAAGUGGAGAAUGUAAGAAUCAACAAUGAAGAGCGGCAAAGUGAAGAUCCUCCGAAGUAUGAAGAAAUUAUGAGUCCAGCAUAGAUAAAGUUGUACAUUAAGUUGCCAAUGUUUGAAUAUUUUUAUUUAAUAAAAUAUAGUUAUUAAUUUCUCACACCUGCAUUAUAUUACAAUUAGAGGGUGCUUUUGUACCACAUGUAAUGCAGUUUUUGCGGUCAGCUUUGUUACUAAAAUUGAAUCCUUUUGAAAUUUAUAAUUUGAUAAGUUAUAGGAAUAAGAUUUUUUCUUGAGUUAAUGUUCAAUUGGGUUGAUAUUUUUGGGAACAAGAAUAAAUAGGAAGAGCUAAAAAAAAAACCCAUCUGUAGUAUUUUACUUCACUGGUGAAUCAAAAUUCUCUAAAUAGCACUGACACUUUAAUAUAGACUAGACACAGAUAUGGCUACAGAGUUUCCACUUGGGUGCUUCAAAAAGAUUGUUUCUAUAACAAAGAUAGAAUUAAUAUUCAUAUUUCAUUGCCAAUCAUUUUAGAGAGGAACUAGAAAUGCUGCUCAGAGGUUGUGAAAUUCCUUCAAUUCAUUUUGUUCUUAAUUGAGGCAACUUGUUAUUUAGUAUCUUUAUUCUGCAGUAUUAAAUUAGUAAUUGUUAACUAAAACUGUCCCCAUUGCUGCUGCUGUUGAGUAGAUAGUGGAAUUUGCAUUAUACAGAACAAGUUAUAAUUGUGUUAUUGUUAAAUGAUUUAUAAUCUAAAUAUAAGUUAUUCGCUCUUUUUAAGUUACAGACUGAAUCAUUGUUUAAUCGUCACACUUCUGAUCCAGAAUUGUUGUUUUCCCAUAUAAAACAUGGAAAAUAAUUUGGAAAAGACAAUAUUUUGCUUUCAAAAUAAUUAUGAAAUAAAGUUGAAUAUCUUAUUUUAACAAAGUUUCUCAUUCUAAUAAAGCACAUGUAAUUU